AUGUUUGAUGCUACUUAUACAAGUAUAUGUCGUUCGCAGAGGGAAUUCCUGAACAGUGGAAUUCGAAGUGGAGGCGCGCGGGGAUCCGCGAGUGAGGCAACCCUCGUUGGUUUAUUAGCUACCAGAGAAAUAACCGUUAAUCGGAUCAAGAAGGAACAUCCCGACUGGGACGAGGGAAUCAUCAGAUCGAAAUUAGUGGCUUACACAUCUGAUCAGGCGAAUUCGAGCGUGGAAAAGGCCGGUUGCCUCGGCGCGAUGAUCAUGCGGCUCUUGCCGACCGACGACCACUGCCGGCUACGAGGCGCCACCCUACGGGAGCACAUCGACAAGGACAUCGAGGCCGGCUUGAUACCCUGCUACGUGGUGGCAACCCUCGGCACCACACCCACCUGCGCCUUUGACGACCUCGAGGAGAUAGGGCCCAUCUGCAGGGAGCACAACAUAUGGCUGCACGUUGACGCGGCUUAUGCGGGCGCGGCCUUCGUUUGCCCCGAGUACCGUCACCUCAUGUCGGGAGUCCAUUAUGCCGACUCGUUCAACUUCAACCCGCACAAGUGGCUUCUCGUCAACUUUGACUGUUCGGCUCUAUGGGUCAAAGAUUCGCGUUACCUAACCGAGGCGUUUAACGUCGAUAGGAUAUACCUGGCGAACAAUAAGCAAGGCGCCGCGCCUGAUUACAGGAAUAAGUUUAAAAUAUUUUGGGGACAUGCCAUGGUCAAUUUAAGGCUGUCAGAACACAAUUGCAUUAGACAUGGAGUGUGGUGUUUCCUCUUCAGCCAGCAACACUUGCGUACGAAAAAUAAAAGAAAAAAAACGACCGAAUACAUAACGCUACUAUAG